AUGGGGCCAACCCCUUCCCCAUAUCCUCCUUCAUAUGCGAAUCCGCAAUUCACAGGGUACGAGGGCGUAGAAGGAUACGACAAUCAACAGAAGAGCAGUGAUGUCUAUCGACAUAGUCAGGUCGUGACGGUACCCUCUUCCAGUUGGCCGCUGCCAAACUUUAGGCCAAUGACAUUGCGAUGGCCAUUCCUCUGUGUUAUUAUUGCUGUCAUCAUGGGUUACAUGGCAAUGACCGAAUAUGCUCUCCAGCGUCUACCACCAGAAACCGGCAGGGGAGAAAUCAGACCAUAUUCAGACGUGGAUCCGGAGAGGAGGAAGUCAAUUGAAGCCGGUGGCAUCACAUCUACCAUCGGCCUGUCAACUGGUGCCCUUUCCGUCAUACAAACACCCGCUCCCACCGCGCCGGCUGUACUGCGACGAAGGCCUCAGGAUGAAAUAAGCCCUUCUGUGGAGGUGCCACCGAUCAGUGACCCACCCGCUCCCGUAGACCAAUCGCCGAACCAAGGCACGCCGUCGGAUGACCCCACGACUCCAGACCCCCCAUCAACUCCUAGCGAUCCCGAUGAAAGAGGGAAGGACGAAAUAACUAUCACGGGUUCUGUGCCGAAGGAGAGACACGGCAACCUAGAGACAACCAUUCCCAUUGUUGAGACGCCUGUGGAGAUUCCAACUGUGAUUGGCGGUAAAAGCACGACGAUCACGUCAACCUCGACAAUGAAAGAUGUUGUAACGACUGUGCCACCCACCCCGAUUUACGUUACUCCAGAUGUGGCCACCUUGACUGACUCGAACGGUAUCCCGACGGCGACGGUGACGAGUACUCCAGGACCGAUAUCAACACCAACGGUCAUCACGACAACUGACAAUCAAGGGCGGCCUACCGUUAUUACAACAGACGUCCUCGCAACGGUGUCAGUCAGUACCCUUACCGACUCGAACGGUGUCCCGACGGCAACCCAGACUUUCUACCCCUCAAUGCCUACCAGUCAGACGCGUGUUAUUGUUAUCCGCAUGAAGAGGCGGGAUUACGUCGUCGGAUUUUUCCUUCCUACUAUCCUUAGCGUCCUCCUGGCAAUACCGAUCCGCAUGAUCGAUCUCAACGUACAACUGUACUAUCCUUUCCACGAACUUACACGCGCCGACGGCGCGCCCGCUUCCGAAUCGAUGCUCUUGCGCAUGGGUGGAAUUUUUGGCUUGCAAACGGCUUGGCGCGCUCUCGGCCAGAAGAAGAUGUUACCAUUCCUGUCCACGCUACUCGUCUGGUGCUCGGCCGUUCUCAUCCCAUUAUCGACCGAGGCCGUCGCAUUGAAGCUGUAUUCUUUGAAUGGCAAGUGUUCGAUCCACAACUUCGAAGGCUGUAUGAUGGCACUAGCAGUCUUCACGAUCCCCGCACGUGCAACGAUGGCUCUUCUGGCGUUUAUGAUCGUGCUUCUAUGUUUCAUUAUGAUUUCCUUGCGGAAAUGGCAGUCAGGAGUGGCGCAUAAUCCUUGGAGUAUUGCUGGCAUGGCCGCUUUGACAACUAAUCCGCAAACCCGGGCGGCGAUUGCAGGCUUGCCCACGCGGAUCAAGGACGUAAAGUACUCCCGCAUACGUGAAUACCUCGAAAAUAAGAACUUCCGACUGGGUUACUUUGUCAACGCCCGUGGCGAGGUUGAGUAUGGCGUGAUGAUUCACAGUGAGAGCACUCCGCUGCAAGCUCCGAAUCCGGGCAACGAGGAUGUGUGGGAGUUUGAUGAGAUGACCAAGGGGAAGAAGGGCCGCCGUAUUCAGAAUCGGCUGCCAUUCUUGAUGCUGUCGGUGAUCGGACGGUUGGUGUUCGGACUAUUCUUGGCCGGUUUGCUCGUAUUGAUCCUAUACUACCGCUUCACGGGAGGGGAAACUGGCUUCAACCAGUUCAUGAGCUCGUCGACUUUUGGGGUUCGGUUCUUGUUUACGUGUUUCGGUGUGAUCAUCAACUUUUUCUGGUCGUCAAUCUUCGAGGGUCUGGCUAUAAUGAGUCCUUACCAGCUCUUGGCCUCUUCUCCCCAGCCCGCAGAACGCUCCAUUCUUCUCGCGCCGCCCUCAAACUCCUUUACUGGUCUGUGGUCCGCCAUCAAGCGGCGCCACUUUUUCCUAGUCAUCGUCGCCCUAGCUGCGAGCUUCGCCGAGUUCCUGCCGAUCCUACUUAACAACGUGCCCUUCCGGGUAACUCAGACAUGGGAGACCAGCAUCAUUUGCACGUAUACGUCGAUCGGCACACUAGCGCUCAUGCUCAUUGUCAUUUUCGCUUCGUUUUUCAUCAGGUGGCCGGCCAUGCCCGUGGAUCCGACGACGGUGGCGGGCGCCAUGUACUAUAUUUGUGAUUCGAGGAUGGUAUGGAGCUUCUCCGAGCUGUCCAUGACUGGGAAGGCGGAGAGGAAUGGUAGGGUUAGCAGGAUGGGGGCGAUGUACGAGUACGGGGCCUUCUGGGGUUUGUCCGGCCACAGGAGGCUCGGGGUCGACAUGGUGGAUGGCAGCCGAAUGGGCUAG